AUGUUACUGGCAGUGGGACUCCAUCCUUUGGAUAGAGCUGAUCUUACGAAGAUCGCCAAGUUGUUCAGUUGGGUGUCUUCUGACUUUGAGAUCUACAUGAGAUCUGCUAAGGACAACAGCGGCUCGGCGUUUGGUAGCUUAGAGAGGAUUUCUCACCUGGGGGAGUUUUUUAUAGGCCUUCUCAAGCUCGUGCCACUACAGAACCGAUACGUCACGGUUGGUCUAAAGAACGUGGCUCUGAUUCCUGUUUAUGAAGUGUAUUGCACAUUGGACUUGUCCCAGUCAGAGGCUAUCAAAGAUUUGAUCUCCUCUAAAAAUGCCCAGCUGCAAGCCAAGGACACAGAAAAAAACGAGGAGCAAUACCGAGAGCUGGCCAUCGACAACGUGCCUUGUGGAAUCCCAAGCGAGACGUUUCUUUACCUUUUCCCCACUGUAAUACGGGCCGAAUACUGUUGGAAAGAGAGAGACGAGCUAGCAGCCGGCAUUUCUGACGUCCAUUCUCACUCUCCUGGACACUCUGAAAAGAAGUGUGUGGUUGCUGACGUCUUCACGGAAGACGAGGUACAACUGGCUGACAACUCCGAAAUGGAACAUCUCCCUGGAGCUGGUAAAGUCUUCUCCAGUCACAUGCAAGACGACGAGUACGCUGGUGACCAGGGGUCUUUGAAGCCUGGCGCUCCUGAGGUUGCCGACUCUGGGGCUUCUGGGAUUUCUGAAAGAAAAACGGAAAUGACCGAUUGCUCUGAAACAGAAGUCGCUGAGGCUGACACCCCAACAGGGAAACCUGAGUUGGGCGAUACCUCCGAGAUGAGAAUUCCAGAAGCUGUUUCUGGGGGGAUGGAGUCGCAUAUGGCGGACACCUCGGGGCUUGGGCAAUCAAUGACGGCUGAUAUCCCUUUGGAAGACGCAGAAAAGGCUGACAAUUCGGGAGAGGGACGACCAGAAGCUGACAUUUCUGAGGGCCAAGCACAUGCCGUUGAACAGCUUGCUGAGCAGGAUCAAGUGGAGGAUAACUCCACAGACGGAUGGUGAGGAAAGGGGCUUUGCUCAUUCAUCAUUGAAACUUGUGGACGGGGUCUUUGUUAAUCUCUCUGCUAUGAUUUGCU